AUGCCUCCAGUGCCAGCAUGCUGGCAAGGAGCUUGCGAAUCUGGAGUCGAGUUCAAAUCUUCCCAUUGUAACAAAAAACUCUUUGGCGCAUGUUCAUUCAUCAAAGGGGUAAAGCAGGGAGUGUUCAACAUAUCAAAACCUGAUGACUACGAUUCUCCAAGAGACUAUGAAGGUCAUGGGACACGCACAUCUUCAACUGCUGCCGGAAGACAUGUUCCAUUUGCCAAUUAUUUUGGGUAUGCCAAUGGAACAGCUAUUGCUGUUGCGCCAGCAAGUGACACAUUGGCUGGCAUGGAUCAAGCCAUUGAGGAUGGUGUAGAUCUCAUGUCUUUGUCAUUGGGAUUCAUAGAGAUGCCAUUUUAUGAGAAUCCAAUCGCAUUGGGAGCUUUUGCAGCCAUGGGGAAAGGGAUUUUUGUUUCAUGUUCAGCCGGCAAUGGUGGCCCUCAUGCUUACGCUAUCCACAACGGAGCUCCUUGGAUCACUACAGUUGGUUCUGGAACCAUAGACCGCGAUUUUGCAGCUCAUGUCACACUUGGGAUGUAUAUCUUCUGUGACUUCAACGACCAGGUAUCGGUGUUUCAACAGUUGUAUGAUAUGAAUAGUACUGGAGCUGCUGGAGCUAUCUUCAGUUCGGACUCCAGACAAUUUCUCCGACCCGAUGACUUCAACAUGCCAUUCGUGACAGUGAUCCCCAAACCGGCACCUCAGGUGGCGGUCUCUUCAUCACGAGGGCCUGGUCGGAUUGCUCCAUGGAUACUGAAACCAGACAUAUUGGCUCCAGGAGUUGAUAUAUUGGCUGCAUGGGUACCAAACAGGAAGGGAGCUCCAAUUCGAGAUGACUAUCUGCUUACAGAUAAUAACAUUGUGUCCGGCAUAUCUAUGGCAUCCCCACAUGUAGUAGGCAGAGCUGCGUUACUGAAAGCCACACACCGUGAUUGGAGCCCAGCCGCUAUCUGA